AUGCCUGGCGGCGGAAACGUUGUGGUCCUGGAGCACCUACUGACCUCGACGGCGAAGUUUCAUGAUCGGACGAUCAACAAGUACUACUCCUACUACUUGCACUUGAAUUCCACCGCAGCGUUGUCGGAGGGCGAUGCGGUAAGCAAGGGCGCGGAGAUCGGCACCAUGGGCCAGACAGGAGAGACAUCCUUCACUCACCUCCACUUUGAAACACGCCUCGUGGGCUAUUGCUCUUAUCAGUUUCAGUUCGCAAACAAUCGCCAACCUUCCGCGACCUCCAGUUGCAAUACCGGCUUCGAUCCCCACGUCCAUCCUUAUCUGUUUGUGGGAGGGCUUGCCGAUGGCCCAAAGUAUCUCUAUGAAGUGCAACCGAUGGAAGGCUUCGAGUAUGCCGUGAGGUACCAGGCAACCCGCGGCCACUUGGACAUGGAUGUGAUACGGACAAGCCUCGGUGAGGUACACAUCGGCACCAGGCAGAAUGUCAACAUCAACACACUGGAGUCGCUGGACGACCUUCACAACAUCACCUCAUGGAUGGCAUUACGCCCAGGGUAUUUCGUGUCGACCACCGGGGAUGUCUAUACCUACGAGCUUCACUUCAGGUCUACGCCGACCUUCGUGGAAGUGUAUGACAUUCAUGGGGACGGGAUUCGAGCCGACCUAGCCACGUCUACGACCACGUCUACGACCACAGCUACGGCCGCAGAGCUCGACCCCGAGAAUUCAUCCACCAACCAGCCGGUUAGCUUUGCCAACCAUGGCCGUUGCCUUGCGGCUGCUCUUGUGGGGAUGUCUCUGACUCUGUAG